CUGUUUUGGCGUUUUUUUCACAGAGGCGGCUUCUUCUGGUGUCCUGACCGGAAAUCUCAGCGAAACCAGACGUUUGCUUGAAGGUUGUUCGGUGUUUGUGGUUUCUAUCCUCUAACCAACUGAAGUUUCACUCUGAUUCUCUGAUUCAGUCAUCAUCCACCGUGACUUUGCCUUUAGCUUAUUGACCAGGAUAAUGGAGUUCGAGGAUGGGUAUUCGGCGCAGAAGCUGUUCCAUCAGGGUUACUCCUACACAUAUGAUGAUAUCAUCUUCCUCCCAGGCUAUAUUGGAUUCCCAGUGGAGCAGGUUGAACUCUCUACCAAGCUCACGCGCAACAUCUCUCUCAACAUCCCAUGUGUCUCCUCACCGAUGGACACUGUCACAGAAUCCUCCAUGGCCCGAGCCAUGGCAGCUCUUGGCGGCAUCGGCAUCAUUCAUGCCAAUAUCUCUCCCUCCGACCAAGCCUCCUUAGUCAAAGCGGCCAAAUCCUCCCGCUUCCCUGUCCUCUCCAAUCCUGUCUUUCGAUCUCCCUCUGAUUCCAUCAUCUCCAUCGAGGAUUUUGCCGAUGCUCCUUGCAUCCUCAUCACAGACUCUGGUGAUUGCCGUGGAAAGUUGGUGGGUUAUGUAGCCAAGUCUGAUUGGAUGAACCUCACAGACAAGGAAACACAGCUGGCUGAUUACAUGGUCGAGUCCCAUGAUUUUGCCCCUUGGGAUUGUGAUUUGGCAAGGAUGAUCUGCUACUUUGAGGAGAAGGCAGAGAAAGAAUUUACGCCAAUAAUUAAGGGAGGAGAGACAGUAGAUGUCACCGGGAGAGAGGAUGUGGAGAGGUUGAGAGGCUACCCCAGAUUGGUGAGAGGGGGUUCAGUGGGUCCCGAUGGAGAGUGGAUGGUGGGAGCAGCGAUAGGGACAAGAGAGGUGGAUAAGGAGAGGCUGCAGCACCUAGUCAAGGUUGGUGUCAAUGUGGUGGUGCUCAACAGUUCUCAGGGAAAUUCCCUUUAUCAGAUUGACAUGAUCAAGUACGUGAAGAAAACGUACCCUGAGUUGGAUGUCAUUGGUGGCAAUGUGGUCACAAUGUACCAGGCAGAUAAUUUGAUCAAGGCUGGGGUUGAUGGUUUGAGGGUUGGCAUGGGGUCUGGUUCUAUUUGUACCACCCAGGAGGUCCGUGCCGUUGGACGUGGGCAGGCUACUGCUGUCUACAAGGUUUCAUCUCUUGCUUCUCAAUAUGGUGUGCCAAUCAUUGCGGAUGGUGGCAUUUCAAACUCUGGGCACAUUGUCAAAGCUUUGUCCCUUGGGGCAUCCACUGUGAUGAUGGGAAGCUUCCUAGCUGGAAGUACGGAGGCUCCUGGUGCUUAUGUGGUUCAGGAUGGUCGUCGAUUGAAAAAGUACCGAGGCAUGGGUUCACUUGAGGCAAUGACUAAAGGGAGUGAUGCAAGAUACUUGGGUGACACAUCCAAACUCAAGAUUGCACAGGGUGUCGUCGGUGCAGUUGCAGAUAAAGGGUCGGUCUUAAAGUUUGUCCCUUAUACCAUGCAAGCUGUUAAGCAAGGUUUCCAAGAUCUUGGAGCUCAGUCUUUAAGAGAUGCUCAUGACAUGAUAAAAACAUCGUUGAGGCUAGAGGUAAGAUCGGGAGCUGCCCAAAUUGAAGGCGGAGUCCACGGGCUGGUCUCCUUUGAAAAGAAACCAUUCUGAGAUUCCUCUUCCUGUCUGAAGUUGAUCUUGCCAGGUUAAGCAACAUCAAAUUCAAGGAGCUGGCCAUUGAAUGACAUCCAUUGUGUUAUUGGCAUCGAAUGAGGACAUAACUGCUAGGGAGUGGGUCAUGGCCGCCAGAGCUCUCUUCAUGUACAUUGGAACUUGUCUUGAGCUCGUUUUUUCGCCCUCGCUUAUCUCGAGUUAACAUGGCGGAUCAUAUCAAUCUGUAGGCGAUUCUUAGAUAAGGUUAGGUAGGGAUUGAAGUGGGGAAGCAUCGGGGUUGGGUUUUGCUAUUUAAAGGUCUCACUGUUAACUUGAUGAGAGCUGUACCAUUCACAUUGUAUUUCAUGUUAAGGGCUGUCGGGUUCCCGGAAGUUUCAGUUUUCAUUUGAACUGAAAAUGAAAAUAUAUUGUUGUCUUCA